UUCAGAUCUUAACACUUUCCAGCAUCCUAAUGGAUAUUUCCAUGGAAACAUACUUGUGUUGGAGUUUUGUUUUUCUGUAAUAUAAGUCUGUAGUCCGCUAGUUAUUUCAGCGUGUUUUGCAAUUUCUGGACCACAUCUGCACCACCUUCUUCCGGCAAAGUUACUUGAGUUUUGAGGGUAGAUGUGCGUUGCAACCUUCCCCCUAGUUUCUGACACAGUUCAGAAUCAAUCGAUGUAACUUAUCUAGUGAUCUAGCUCGUCGUUCCUUAUAAAUCAAUCGUUUCUUGCAAGUAUGGCAUGUUUAGUGGAUUAUACGCCUCUCAAGUAUCAGUUGAUGCUCACAAAUCUUGUAGAAGAAAAUGAUAAAGUACCCCGUUACCAUAUGAAACGCAUUAGCAUCCACGUAUUAAAAUUUGAAGGGGUGGGUAGUACCGUCGGAGGACUAGCCGAUCGCUUCCGACAGUUGAGCGAGAAGGACAUGAAGUUGCUGAAUUGGCAGGAUAAUCUAGAGAACUUGCAGAAUGAUAGUUCUGUGUACUUCAGUCUCGUUAAAAUGGCUGAAAAGAUAUGUCCCCUCAAGAGUGGCAAGUUAGCAGUUUAUCACUGCGUCACUGACAAGGACACUCAACAGAAUACAGAAGAUCUCUCAUUAUCUUCCCACCAACACUCAAGUUUCCGAAGUCUCCUGGUAACAAGACAUAUCAAUGGACAAGUCGAGUUACUCUCCUCGCAUGACUCAGACGGAGGUGCUAGUAGUCACCUUCGAUGGCGCUCAAACGACUUAAUGAAGAUCGAGAUUUCUGACUCGAAGGCAUACGAGUUGUUAUGGCUGGUUCAAUGGGACAUCGUGGACAGGUUGAAUCAAGUAAGCUGGAGCGAUCCCCAUGCAUGGUCCUGUGGGGAGAGUCGGAGAUCAGCUUGGAAUUUUCCUUUGGAAUAUUUCAAAGACCCUCCCCCUCAAAUAUGCAUUAAACAUGUGCGCUAUCGUCAUUCUCGAAGGUCACCUUAUGUUGUUGACAUGAGACUGGAAAAGUGUAGGAGAAAAAAAUGGUUUGGCUCGUUUAAAACCCGCGUUGCAGCUGCCCGUGCCGUGGACGCUGUCCUCCAUUACUAUUCUCCUUCUAACAAUGUUGGUGGCUUGAAUUUUGAGGAUUCCCCCCUGUUUCUGGAACCAAUACCUCCAGAUCUUACUGGAGACGAGAAGCUUGAUUUUGUGAAAGCACAAGCUCGGCAGAUCGGAAAUUUAUUUGACGGGUCUACGCUUGAGUUUACACGCUCAACAACUACGCUGUGUGGUGUUGCUGGUCCAAGUUCGGUGGGCGACACUGUUGGACUUCAAGGUUCAUUGCGAUCCCAGUCAUCAGACAUGAUACGGAGUGAAAGCGUUCAAACUUUUGGUGCACAAUCAACGGGGAAUUCUGUCCCCAUAAAUCGAUCGAGGUUGUGUAGGUCGAAUUUUGUCACACCAGAGAUUUGGAUAAAUUCAGGAACUGUCCUGGAUGAACACUGUGCGGCAGUGCAAGCCACGUCUUGUGCAAGUAAUUCCUUUCAAGAGACUGACGGUUCGAUGUUCAGUUCUCAGCUAGAAAAUCAGUGGCUGUCUGGUCCGAGAAGCUUCUCCACAGAUCAUCAGGUGUACGAGAGAGAGUUGCCUCAACUUCGAUCUGAAACUUAUGAACCCAGUUCCUCUUCCAUGGUCGCAGAAUCAACCACAGCAUCCUUGGACGAGGAACUCGUGGGAUACAUGAUGGCUGACCUUCUGGGGGAUGUUGAAACAGCUGUUCCAGCUUCCCAAUUGUCCACACUCUAUAAAAAUGUGGGUGACCGUCAAUUUGCGCCGGACACGCGAUUCUGGCAACCUUCACAGGAUUAUUCUAUCGAUUCUUUGGUUGAGAAUAUUGAUCUGGGGAAUCGUUUUUUAAAUGAAAACAAGUAUGUUUGAUGGUAAUCUGGGGGAGAAAUUGUCCAGCGAUGUUCCUUGGGUACCGGUUCUUACGUCAGCCCUUCAGCAUCAAGAAGCGUUGUGUAUCAAAGUCAAACAAUUUAUUGUAUAGACAUAGGAGAAAUCUCUUGUACAUCACUGGCUUAGCGAGGAUUCAUAAUUCCUUACUUAAAUAUGAGGAUGAUGAUGAGGAACCUUGUUCACAUAAAUUCAUUGUAAAAGUAAAAUUUGUAAAGUUUUCUAGAGAACUUCCAGGAACCACAGAAGCAAGACCAGGAAAAUACUGAACAACCACGUUAACAUUAUAAUCCUAGUUGAGAUACUAUGAGUUUAAAUUAUGGUUAUUAAGUAGUUAAAAAAUAGCUCUUAGACUGCCAAUACUGAUACUUCUGUGAGCAAAAGUUUCGCUAUAGGUAUUCUAAGUAUAUGCCAGAUGGACAUACUUUGUACAGAGCUAAAUUGGAUGUUAACAUCACUCUCAGCACUGAGUACAGUGGUGAGUCCACGUAUAUUGUCUGUAAA